AUGUCUGGGGUGUCGGGGAGCAGCGCUGCAGAGUCUCAGCGGACUCUGUCCAUGGGGGAGUGCCGGCAGAGUCUGCCCACAGAUGCUACCUCAGAGGCCAGGGCUGAACUCCAAACAAAGUUGGAGGAUGCUGAGGAGGAGCCGCAGAGCACUGUCUAUGAGAGCCAGUGGCCCUCGGAUCCCCGGACCCAGAGCGCUGGGUCUGGGGCAGCGCUGGGCCUCCAUGAUGGGGCCAUCAGCACAGAAGAGAUGGUCCAGGAGGAGCUGCUGCCAGACAUGCAGAGCCUGAUGAAGGCCCUGGAGCAGGACAGGGACAUGGAAGACGAUGAGGACUACGACGACAUUCCUGACAUGAGUCAGAUGACCGUCACUGGAAAGUUCACCAGUCUCUCCAGGGCCAGGCACAGGAGAGAGCGGCGGCUCUAUGAGUUGUCAAGGCCCAAGACCAACUGGCAAAGUGUGACCGACAGGCCGGGCUGCUGUUUUAAGGGCCAUGCCUGGAUUUCCCUACGCAAGAUGACCUUACGCCUCCACUGGCCCUCCGUGUACUGGACUGAGCGAUUUCUUGAGGACACCACUCUGACCAUCACAGUACCCACUGUGUCCCCACGCGUGGAGGAACUGUCGCGGCCCAAGAGGUUCUACUUGGAGUACUACAGCAACAACAGGACCACACCCAUCUGGCCCAUCCCCCGGACCACCUUGGAAUACCACCCCACUAACCGGCUGAAGGAACUGGCGGUCCCCAAGAUCCGCAAUAACAUUUGGAACAUGGACAUGUCUGAGGUGGUACAGGUGUCCCGGGCAGCUCAGAUGGCCGUCCCCAGCCCACGGAUCCUGAAUUUAGCAAAGCCCAAGGUCCCAGCCCCCCUGUUGGAAGAGUGGGACCCCAUGCCGAAACCCAAGACCCAUGUGUCAGACUACGGUCGUCUCCUGCAGCUGGCCACGCCCAAGGCCCACUCAGGACAGUGCAUUCCUGACCGCAGCCCUCGUUGGGAGGUUCUGGAUGGCACCAAGAAGGCCGUGGCCAGCGAGCGGAUCCUCUCCCUGGCUCAGCCUAAGAUCCGCAAGGACCUCAAUGAAGGCUACAAUCCCUACCAGGUCUCCCCGGCCUCUCUAGUGGCUCAAGCGUCACCCCGGAUCUAUGAGCUCGCAGUCCCCAAAAGCAUUACCAAGAAAGUGUGA